AUGGUCAAGGUCAGCAUCAAGGACGUCGAUGUGCGCGGCAAGCGCGUGCUCAUGCGCGUCGACUUCAACGUCCCGUUCGCGAACGGCGAGAUCUCCAACACGCAGCGCGUCGACGCGGCCUUGCCCACGAUCCAGUAUGCGCUCGACCAGGGCGCCAAGUCGGUCGUCUUGAUGUCGCACCUCGGCCGCCCGGACGGCAACGUCGUCGCCAAGUACUCGCUCAAGCCGGUGGCCACGUGCCUCUCGGCCAAGCUCGGCCGCGACGUGCAGUUCCUUGACAACUGCGUCGGCGCUGACGUCGAGGCCGCGUGCGCCGACCCGGUCAACGGCUCGGUCAUCCUCCUCGAGAACCUCCGCUUCCACGUCGAAGAGGAAGGCAAGGGCAAGGACGCCGAUGGCAACAAGGUCUCGGCCUCGAAGGAUGCGGUCGCGGCCUUCCGCGCGUCGCUCAGCAAGCUCGGCGACGUGUACGUGAACGACGCGUUCGGCACGGCCCACCGCGCCCACUCGUCGAUGGUCGGCGUCGACCUCGAGGUCAAGGCCGCGGGCUUCCUCCUCGAUAAGGAGCUCGUGUACUUUGCCAAGGCGCUCGACGCGCCGGAGCGCCCGUUCCUCUCGAUCCUCGGCGGCGCCAAGGUCGCGGACAAGAUCCAGCUCAUCAUGAACAUGCUCGACAAGGUCGACGAGAUGAUUGUUGGCGGCGGCAUGGCCUUCACCUUCAAGAAGGUCAUUGACAACAUGAACAUUGGUGGCUCGCUCUACGACGCCGACGGCGCCAAGAUCGUGCUCGAUAUCGUCGAGAAGGCCAAGGCCAAGGGCGUCAAGCUCCACCUCCCGGUCGACUUCAUCAUUGCCGACAAGUUUUCGGCGGACGCCAACACGUCGGUCGUCGACGAAGCCGAUGGCAUCCCGGACGGCUGGAUGGGUCUCGACGUCGGCCCCAAGUCCAAGGCCAUCUUUGCCGAAGCCUGCAUCCGCGCCAAGACCAUUGUGUGGAACGGCCCCAUGGGCGUGUUUGAGUUUGACGCGUUUGCCCAGGGCACGAAGGGUGUGAUGGACGCGGUCGUCGAAGCCACGCAGAAGGGCGCGACCACGAUCAUCGGCGGCGGUGACACUGCCACGUGCUGCGUCAAGUUUGACACGGAAGACAAGGUGAGCCACGUCUCGACGGGCGGCGGUGCCAGCUUGGAGCUCCUCGAAGGCAAGAUCCUCCCGGGUGUCAACGCCCUCACGGACGCACAACCGGCCAAGGUGCCCAGCGCCGCCAAGCCGACGAUGUCGCCGCCGCACUGGUCCCUUUUGGCCGCGGCCGUCGCCGUGCCCGUCGUGAUCGCGCUUGCCGUCUUCCGCAAGAAGUAGAGGUCAUAUCCUGCUCAUUAACCACCGACGUCCAAGCUCCGUACCCAACUAAUAUCAGCCCCAUGGACUUUGAAAUGUGUA